AUGGAGACGAUCAGGAAAUCACUGCAAGCGAUUAAUGUUGCCGGCCCUGACUCGGAUGAUGAAGAGGAACAGCAACAGCAACAACAAAAGCAUGAUCCGCUACGAGCCGGCGAUAGAGUUCUUCUUACGGGCGCCAACGGAUUUGUCGGAGGCCAUAUCCUCAAAGUCCUUUUGGUACAAGGGUUUAAAGUCAAGGCUGUCGUUGGUACUCGAAAUGAGGAAAUGAUGGUUAAGCGGCUGUGCGCCGGAAGCGAGGAGCGAGUGCAGAUUAUAAUUGCAGGUGGUAUUGCGGGAGAUAAACCUAAAGAUGUUGUGAGAGGUGUUUCUGGGACCACGGCCCUCAAAGCCUCACCUCUAAAAACACCAAUCGAGCGUGCAGCAUGGAAAUACAUAUCAGCCAACUCCCCAAACUUCACCCUAGCGUCAGUUAUUGUGCCGACUCUGUUUGGGCCUUCCGCACAUGAUCCACCCACAACAGAGCCUGCAUCAGAGAUACUUCGUCUCAUCAGAGGCACCGACACGGUUCCUGUAAAUACCACUGGACCAUGGUCAGACGUGAGAGACGUUGCCAAAGCACAUGUUGCAGCAUUGAUGAGAGGAGGGGUCAGUGGGGACGCCGGAGAAGACCGUUUCUUUGCUGUUGCGGGGAUCUGUAACUCGAAGCAGAUCUGCAAGGUUGUGGAAAGAUGCUUCCCAGGGCUUGUUGCGGAGGGGCGAGUCCCAGGGGCUGAUAGUGUUCCAGGGGCAUUCAAGGAGGAGGAAGAAGAUGAGAUAUUUGGUGGUCGAUAUGAAGGUGAUAAUAGGGUGACCGGUGAGCUAGGAGUGAAUAUGAGAGGGCUAGAAGAGUCUGUAGUCGACACUGUGGACGGUCUGCUAAAAUUCGAAGAGAGGAUUAAGGGACAUGGAAAAGGAGCACCUCAGGAGGCGGUGGUAGGGGGUUUGCCAAUUGGCGGUUUAGCAUACUCUUGUCCUCCGGGUAGCUGUACGUGUGGUGAGUGCGCGACCAAGAUGAGGCACAGAAGGACUAGUGUGGAUGAGCUCGAUGAGAGCUUUGGGGAGAGCUUGAACGAGGAUAAGGAUAGCCUGUACACACUUGUGGAGCAAGCGUAUGAGGGCACGGUGCCGAGUAUCGAGCCUACUGGCUCAAACAUCCCACGCAGCUUUGCAAGGGGCGAGGCCCUCUGUGCUUGCGCUCCCGCAAGGUGUACAUGUGCCGGGUCAGAUCAGCAGAUGGUGGAAGAGCGGCCAAGGAAAAGAGUCAGUAUUGUGCUGAACAGGCCUGACAUGGGAGAAAUGUUGCGGCACUCGUGA